AAGUUUAGCCAGUCGCCCAGUCUCCCAGCUAGACCUCUCAGCAAGGUGUCUCCCCGGCUACCACCGCCGCCGCCUCCAUCGCUGUCGUACGCGGCAAGUGAUCCCUGAAGACACCCGCCCUGCCCCGGGUCCCAAACUUUUCCCUCCCCGGUGAUACCAGCUGCUGUUUUUCGGCCAUGGCGACGAGCGCGAAGCGAAAGCAGGAGGAGACUCAUCUAAAGAUGCUCCGGGAAAUGACUAGCCUGCCCGCGAAUAGGAAAUGCUUCGACUGCGAUCAACGCGGCCCGACCUAUGUCAACAUGACAGUGGGCUCCUUCGUCUGCACCACCUGCUCCGGGAUCCUGCGAGGACUGAAUCCCCCACACAGAGUGAAGUCCAUCUCUAUGACCACAUUCACACAGCAGGAAAUAGAGUUCCUACAGAAACACAGCAAUGAGGUCUGUAAACACAUCUGGUUGGGCCUCUAUGACGACAGGACAUCAGUUGUUCCAGAUUUCCGAGAACCACAGAAAGUAAAAGAGUUCCUCCAGGAAAAAUACGAAAAGAAAAGAUGGUAUGUUCCUCCCGACCAGGCACGAGCAGUAGCAAGCGUCCAGGCCUCUGUGUCCGGCUCCUCAGCGAGCAGCACCGGCAGCACCCCAGAAGUCCAACCCCUCAAAACCCUGCAGCUCAACAAGACCCCACUGCGCCAGUCUCCAGGGCUAGGCCGUUCCCAGGCUCACAGUGCUGCCCAGGAGAAGAAGUUCGACUUGCUCUCAGAUCUGGGAGGAGACAUCUUUGCUGCUCCACCCACUCAAACUGCCAGUUCUACCAACUUUGCCAACUUUGCACAUUUUCCCAGCCAGUCAGCACCUCAGGGUAAUUCAAAUACCAACUUUGCCAACUUUGAGGCAUUUGGAAACACUGCAAUUCCAUCCCAUCUGAGCACGUCACCUCCCUCAAAGUCCUUUUCAUCAGGGGGAGGAGUGCCAAUUCCGUCAAUGUCUAGUGCCGUCGCUGCCCAGUCUCAGACGGGGAGCUGCACAGAGGACCGCUAUGCUGCUCUGGCUGAGCUGGACAACGAGCUCAGCUCCUCUGCUUCUGCCUCGACAGGACCCAGUGUACAAGGGAACCUGUUUGGACCGGUGCUCGGUUCAUCACCAGCUCAGAAUCCACCUGUGUUACCCAGCAUGCAACCUGGCUUUGGAGCGGUCCCAUCCACAAACCCUUUUGUUGCUGCAGCCAUUCCCCCAGACAUGGCCACCAACCCUUUUCAGACCAACGGCAGAGCUCCAGCUGCAGCCUCGUUUGGUACUGGCUCUAUGAGCAUGCCUGCCGGCUUUGGGAAUGCGUCUUCCUUCUGCCUCCCGACCAGUUUCAGCGGAAACUUCCAGCAGCAAUUCCCCGGCCAGGCCCCCAUCCCUUACUCUCAGCCUGGGGCCUAUCACCCUCAGUCUAAUGGCCCUGCAUUCCCAGUCUAUGGCCAGAACAAGCCCUCGAUCACACCGUUUGGGCAGCCAAUGGCUGUCCCUGGCAUGUCCAAUAACCCAUUCAUGGCAGGGGCUCCAGCUGGCUCAUUCCCUUCAGGGGGCUCAUCCACCAACCCUUUCCUGUAGCACAGCUCCCGGUCUUCGCCACCAGAGGGCAGCAUGCAGCACAUAUUCAACACUGUUUCCGUCACUCAAUUAGUGGCAGUACAUUUCUUAUAAAAAAAGACUUCUCUUUUUUUCCAUAAAAAGUUUACAACACUAUGAAGGAGUACAAAGGACUAUAUUGAAGACUAAGGGACUGUUAAGGGGGGAAAUAUGCAGUUUGGACUAUAUACAAUACAUUAUAUGCUUUUUAUUUUUUGUUUAUGACUGUAAGCUCUGUGCAUAUCACCAUUUGUAAUCACAACUAAGUACAUGUUAUGUAUAACAAAGGACUGAAAUAACAAGGGUGAGUAUACACACACCUUGUGGAAAAAAACCACUACAAACUAUCUACGUAGGUAAGGGUAUACAUUUUAAGAUUAUUAACAGGGUUCCAUCCAAAUCUGCAGUCUGUGGUUUGAAGCAGCCACAAUGACAAUGCAGUUGUUUCAUUUGCAAAAGGGAUUUCUUUUUGUUAUUUUAAGCUUAUUGCUACUAUAGGGGCACUAAGAAGUUUCCUUUAUUAACGUACAAAUCCAGAGUGCUCUUCCUAAGAGACAAAAGUUGCCUAUAACCGAAAACAACCAAACCCACAUGUUUUUAGAGCCGGUGGAUGGGACGCAGCACUGAUCCUGGACUAUUAGUCAUCUGCUUAAGUAUUGCCAAUAGCUGUGAAACUGUGCAAACAAAAUGGGCUCAAUUUUGAAACCAAGUGCAGCUCUUUAAAUAUGAGACCAGCAGGGACUAGAGAUGUUUUUAGCCCGACAGGUAAAGGGACAGACAUGUCUGUUAGAGCACAAAUGGAGGAGAGAUGAGAAAUGCGGGUGUUGAGAUCAUUAUUUCUUAAUCCCGCUAUUUUGCUUAAUCGAUAAAACAUUGGUAAAAGUGUUUCGUAUACUCUAAUAACCUCACUUCUGUGCAGAGAUGUCAGAAGAGCAUAUUUCAGAUAUUCACUAUAUUUUAUGAACAUGGUAGAGACGAAAGGAAAGACUGUUAAUGAAAGAUUCAGGGUUGUGGCGGUGAUCCAAAUUGGUUUACCUCGAAACAGAGUAGUCCGUCACGUUGUUGUAGACUACGUGGCCUUUAGACAGGGAGCACAGGUUUACACCAUCCUGUCUGGAAAAAACUUGCAACUUAAAAUAAUACACCUAUUAGCGGUAAGUUAUGUUGUAUUUACCCUUGAUGUCUGUCCUCUUCUUUGCCUUGUUAUUGAAAAGCCUUUGAAGAGAAAAACAGAAUGGGGAGAAACAUUGACCCGGUUUGCUAAAAAUAAGGCAAAGGAAACGAACAUUAAUUCAGGGAUUGUUACAUUAAUGGAUCCGCCUGGGACUCAAUCGUGCCACCCAUAACUAACAAUGAAUUUGACAAUGUGUUUCUUGUCUUUACAAGAAUAGGUAAGUAAAUGUGUACAUAUAUAAAUAUAUGUAUAAAUAAAUUAAAUGAUUUUUAACUACA